AUGUUAUGCCAAGAUGCAGGUGUUGAUUUUGGAGACUACCAGCAGAGAAUUAAAGCACUUUCUCCCAUUUCCACUGCCUUAGUGAAGGACUUAUUUAAGCAAAAGAAGUCUUCAGACCCAGGUCUCAGCUUGCCAGCCGAAUACAAGAAGGAGACCCCUGCAACACUCAAGGAGCAGCUGCAGUUCAGUGUGCCUAAGGCUGUCAUCAGUGACCAGGGAAGUCAUUUCUGUAACAGGACCAUUGCAGCCUUGUUCCAGAAGUUUGGGGUCACACACAGAGUUGCUACACCAUAUCAUCCCCAAACUAAUGGGCAAGCUGAGAGGACACCUUAUCGGACACCAUUAGGCAUGUCUCCAUUUCGAGUGGUGUUUGGUAAAGCAUGCCACCUUCCGAUGGAAAUUGAGCAUCGAUCAUAUUGGGCUGUGAAGAGUUGUAACAUAGCACUUGAGCAAGUCGGAAUUGAAAGGAAGCUCCAGCUUCAGGAGCUUGAUGAAAUACGCCUGCAAGCCUAUGAGAAUUCUAGAUUGUAUAAAGAGAAAGUUAGGAGAUUUCAUGAUACACAUAUUCUGAGGAAAGAGUUCUCUGUAGGCCAGAAAGUGUUAUUGUUUAACUCUCGAUUGAAAUUGAUUGCAGGUAAGCUUCGGUCUAGAUGGGAUGGACCUUUUGUGAUUACUCAUGUUUUUCCCCAUGGUGCAGUUGAGAUUCAGGAUGAAGCUACCAGCAGGACUUUUAAAGUCAAUGGUCAUCAGCUGAAAUUAUUCCAGGAGAGUAGACCAGUGGAGUCGGCUCAGAACAUAGUUGAUCUAUCCUUAGUAGAGCCUACUUUGAUGGAGGAUGUGUCUUCUUAG